UCUGUCCUUUCUGCCCAUGUAGCUGGCGUGUCCCCCUCAGGUCGGAUGAUGUUCAAGGGGUAAGCUGAUUAUGAGCAAUUCGACUCGGUUUUCCUAGCUUCUCGUUUAUUUUCUGCUGCUGUUGAACAUUCCAAUGCAAACACUGGCAUUACGGCCCUUCGUGGCGAACCCGUUGGCCAAAUUCCAUGCAUCUACUAUUCACACGAUGGCCGCACGUAAACACGGGCAUUGGUACUGCCUCAUGUCGCGGAAACCUGCGAUGGCAAAGGCAACCUGAGCUACGGGAGAGGGCUCUGCUUUAUGCAACCCUUUUCUAGCAGUCGUCAUCUUCAUCCAACUAUUAUUUUCUACACAACUACGUCUGCACCCUGCUAAAGGAAAUGGAUAAUGCAAAAUCAACUUGGGUUGCAAUAAUAGGUGCAGUGCUGUUGUUUACCUUGGCAUAUUUUACGGGCCGGUCAUUUGUCAAACACCGCCGACAGCGUGAUAUGGUCACCAGCAGAAAUAUUCGUCGUAAUCGCCAUGACCCGCGGCCAACAGAUAUUGAGGCUGGUCAAAUAUCUCGUGCACAUACUGUUGACUACGAGCUACCUACCUACGAGGCCCCACCGCCUGUAUAUUCGCCAAAGUAGCUAGUGGAGGUAGUGGAGGUAUGGUGCCCUGUAGAUUGUAAUGCCCACUUGUCCCGAA